GAUGGAAACACCCUGACAAAAAAUCACCAGAAAUAUCAUCUAUACAUGCGAUCUGCUGUAGUGGAUUUAUGGUCAAUAGAUAUAAUACAUAUCGUGACAAAGUUGAAAAGAAACACCAAUUAGAAGGACAAGUAUCUCCGGAAGAUAAUAGCAAAAUGAGUGCUGGAAAUGAACGAUUAAGAUUUCAUGGAACUGGCAC